CCUUAUUGCUCUUGAAAAGACUCGCUUGAAGUUAACCGCGAAACCUAACCUCUCUUCGAGUCGAAUCCUUGAUAUUAUUCGAUCGAAGAAAGUCACGGUAUUAUUGGCUGUAUUCAGGUGUACCAGCUGAUUAUAUGUCAAGCACUCAAGCUUUGUGCGAACUGCGACGCGCAUCGUCCGCUCCUUUAUCGGAUUUAUCGCUAGGCCCAGUAUAGUAAUAAUCCAGAAGAUUGAGGCGCAGAAGGUCGCGAGAUGUUGGGUUGAUUGCGUUUUUUAACCCAGAUAUUUUUUUACUUUUGUGCAUUACGAGUUGAAGGAGAAUUAUCGCAAUGUCGGGCGAACCGAACGUCAAAGGUUAUGCGCCGCUGCCCCAGAGUAUCAGUAACACUGAUACCGAGGAUGACGAUGAGGAGCAUCAGCAUCAUCGCGAACACGCGGAUAGUCUGUCCAAGGAUGACGACCAGUCGAGAAUAAGCGAUACAACAACGAUUUGUCAAAAUGGAAGGUUUUAUCCUCUGGAUGAAACGAAAAAUCUUGCAAACAGAGCAAGAAAUGGCCGGAAUUCUUUUGGCUAUAGCACUGACAAUAUUCCAAUUAUGAUACUCGAUGGACAAAGUCACGAUGAUCUGUGGAAGAGACAUGACAUGUCACCUCUUAGGCGGUUCUGCCUUGUUGCUUCAGUAUUACUUUGUAUACUCACUAUAUUAAUAUUCUUGUAUGUACUACCUUGCGACAACUCGUCGAUAUGCCCACCUGCACCAGAGCCUAAAACCUCUGUGUCUUGGGAUAAAACAUUAGAGGGUGUUGAGAUAAAUGGAAGGAUAACAGUGAUACCAGGCAGCCCUUACAAUCUAAUAUUCUUGUUGCGAGGUCAGCAGUUUGGUGACAUAGAUUCGCGAGAAUCUCCAGGGCAGCAACAAAUUACACCAGAAGGCGGAGGAGUUUUGUCGAUGCAGGGUACUAGCGGCAUUCCGCUGUGGUGGGUUGUACUGAAACGACUUCCUACCGACAUAGACUGCGAGAUCCUCGAUACCGACGGCUCAGGAAAGCCGGAUUGCUUAGUUUCCGGUGAAGGCGGUCUCCUGGUGAGCAUCGAGCCAAUCGCCGGUACUAUCCACUGGAACUCCGAAAUUCACGCGCAGCCAGCGCUGCCACUGCUGCUCUCGGAUCUUGACUCCGACGGGAUCAACGACCUGCUCACCAUCGAGCUUACAAACUCUAGUCAAAGUCUUGUGUUUUUGUCCGGGAAGAGCGGGAAAGUGCUCGCGCGACAAUCCAUACCCGGAUGUCAGAGCGUCGAGCUGAGCGAUAUCGACUCGGCGUUCGUUUUGUCGUACACUUGCCACAAUGGGAACUCGAAUCAGUCGACAAAAACUAUCCUCCUCAAGAAUUUAAUCGAGUCAAUCAACUUCUCGCAAGCACGUCGUAAGCUGGCAUUGACAGUUUUAACACAGCCUGCAACAAGCAAACCGCCGGCUUCUUAUCCGAAUCAGACAUCAACCGACAGUUGGGAUCUGACACCUCAUCACCGACUUUACGUACGUAACGUAGCCGGUGACCGUUGUCCAAGCGACGUGUGCCAGACUAGCGUUAAUUUGACACUGGUGCAUGCGAGGAAUGAGAGCCGCAUCUGGGACCAUGCGAGUGCCUCAUCCUUUGUCACGAGGCCAGCGAUACUUGACACAUUCGGCCAAGCCUACACUGCAGGUUUUGCACUCAAGUUUUGGAAUUGGACCGCUGAUACUGCAGCUGAGGAUAAGGAAAAAUCAGUAACACCGGGACCAACAACGGUGCGUCAGCAGAGCUUGACCGAGCGCGUGAGCAUCAUCUUUGUGAAUAACACAGAGGUACAUGUAAUGAACGCAAGUCAGAGCGAGCUGAUACAGCUCUGCCGUGGCCAGGAUUGUCAACCAAGUCUGCCGCGGCAAGCGCACUCCAUACGCAUUGCCGAUCUUAACGGCGAUGGUGUCAUGGAGCUGAUAAGCUACAGGACAACCUACAACAUGGCAGAUGAUAUCAGCAAAGCCACUCUCACCUCCAAGGUGCAGAUCGUCAAGCUGGAUGCCGUUUUUUAAUUUUGCGACACGGUCGGGAGAUAUCCCAACCAUCAGUCGAUGUACAAUGUAUAACGCGACGAGAUUGAGCUUAAAACUUUUCCUUUUCACCUGUUCUCUGAACGUUGCUUCUAUUCUCUAUACUUCUUUCGUUUCUUUGUAUCGUUCUUUCCUUGCGUUAUUAACUCCUUUGUCUCUCGUAUCUAUGUCUGUCUAUAUUGUAUAGUUAUUUGAUUACCGAGAGAAUGAGAAAGGAGAGAAAAGUGCGUAGUUGCUAGAUUAUUUGUUUUUAUUUAUUUUUGCAUUUAUUUGUAUUUAUUUGUAUUUAUUGAUUGUUAUUAUGAUAACUAACGAGGCUUUAAACGUUAACGUGUGUGAUGUAUUUAGUUAGUGAGAUUUUUUCAAUAAAAUAUACUGAAAUUUUAA